CACCCCAGCUCCCCCUGCUGCCUGCCAAGAACGCAGCACACCCAAGAAGAAGAACGCGCGGGGAGCGGCCACGUUUCCAGAGAAGAAGACGAACACCACCCUCGAUCGUCGAACAGACUCCGAGGUGCUUCGAUCUUUUGAUGGCGACGCUCCCCGUCAAGCCGCUGGACGGCGCCGACGGCUACCUGCGGUGGAAAGAGUCGAUGCUCCUGCGCCUCCACAGCGUCGGCGUAGCCCACGUCCUCUCCGACGACCCUCCUGCUCCGGCCGAGGCGGCUGGUGCGGCGGCGGCGGCGGCGGCGGCGGCCAAGAAGUGGGCGCGCGACGACGCGGUGUGCCGCGGCCACAUCCUCUACGCGCUCUCCGACCGCAUCUUCCCGGACUACGUGCGGCACGGCACCGGCAGGGCGGUGUGGCAGGCCGUGGCGCGCACCUACGACGUCGACAAGCCGAGACGUUCGUACUCGAGGCAGUACGAGCGGUUCCUCCACCGCUUCCGGUUCGAGGAGGGCGCCUCGUCCUCGUUCCUGGAGCAGCUCGCGCACGCCGAGGCUCUGGUCGCCACCAGGGACCCUCCGCCAUCCGACGACACAAUGGCCAGCUGGAUCUGGGACAAGCUCCCGGCGGACAUGGCCGCGGUGAUCAGCUGUGGCGAGAUGACCAUGGACUUGAUCUGGAAGUGUGCUCUCAACAUGGAGGAGAGGCGAAUUAUGACGGAGGAACGUCUGGGUCACGCUGAGGCGGCUUGCGUGAGGCCGCAGGAGCUCGAUAGCAAGACGACUGGGCAUCACCAUCGUCGCCGUUGAGGUGGUAAGCUCGAUUAGGCUCUGUUAGUAGUACUUGCCAUGCCAUGCAUUUUCACGGACUCUUGGUGGAAUUACACUUCAACUAUUACUGUGUUUGAUUAGAUGAUGCUACCAUUGACAUGCCGUCGUCGACUUUAGUCAGUUGCUGCCAAGUGACCUUUUGUAUUCUGAAGAUUACUGUUCUGUCAUAUGCUAGAAGAUGGGCUCAAUCAUCAGACGAUCGAGUCGCAUUGCAUUGCGUCUGGUGAAUUUGUAACUAGUAAUGCUACAUCGUCCCCGCUCGUUGCGUUUCUUUGCUCUCUGAUUCAACAAAUCUGAAAUUCCGAAUC